AUGGGAGAUUUUUUUGCGCUGAUUGAAGAAAUAAAAUCAACUACGAGCGACAUGGAUUAUUGCCGUGACUUUCACGAGGUGCAACUCACUCUGAACAACGUGAACAAGUACAUACAUCCGCUGAACAAGAUCUUCUUCGACGGUGGCAAUGAACCGUACAUCAUCGAGGUGGUGGCACGGUUGCUAAAAUAUUUUCGCACGCAGCGCUAUCUCAAUGCCCAUAAUAAGGUGGAUAAGCAGUUCGAACCAGAACUGCGCCGCAUCACGAUGUACCUGCUGGUCAACACGGACGUUAGCUUUCGGUACGAUUUGAAGCUGGACAAGCGGGUUGGCCAGCUGUUGAACACUUCGCCCCAAAUUACGAAGUGUUUGCUGAUGAACUGUAUCUGGGGCCUCGAUUUGGAUCGAUUUUUUUACGAGAUGCUACGUUACGCACCGCUUUGGUUUUCGAUGCAGUUCCUUGACGAGGCCAUCGUCAGCCUGAAGAACGGGAAGCCGCACGAUGUACUGACCCGGAUCGAAUCGAUCGUAUGCGCGAUUUAUUUCGCCAUCUACCGCACGGAUGUGGACUGGGGCCAGAAUACCCGAUCCGAGUACGUCAAUCGCCAGCGUACGAUAGAGCGGUUGUGCGGUUAUGUUGCCGAAAUUUUGCAGUUCGUCAACACGCCGAAUGCGUCGAAGUUUCACGGAUGGGCGAAGGUGCGCAAGCAUCGCUACUUUGGAUAUCUGCUGAAGCACAUGUUUAGUAUGACGAUGACCUGCCUCGACAUAUACUUCUGUAAACCGCCAAUCCCGGUCGAUCCCGCCAUGGCGGUGUAUCAGCUGAUGAGUGAAACACACAUCGACAAGUCAACCCCCGUAGCGCACAGCAAGACGACCGAAUCUUGGCUGCUGAAGCUAAAUCAUUGCAUGCUGAACACCUUGGAAGUUUGUAUCAUGCACGUGUCGUUGGAAUGUUACGUUUACUGGGCGGAAAUUGAUCUGUACAUGGACGGCCUGGAGGUGGUUUCAUUGCAGCGCGUGAUUGGGAAUUUUGCGUACCGGCUGUGCGAGGUGCUAAACUCACACAAAAACUUCCGGCACGGCAUCGUGCGCCAUCUGACACAGUUUGCGCUACGUCCGAAAACCCUUGCCGAACGUGCCGCGAUGCUUGGUCUGGGUACGCUGAUGCGUCGCUUGGAAAGUGUAAAUUCGCCGGACGAGCGGUUGGUCUAUCUGACCGAGUUUAUAAACCGAGGUGAUCAGAUACUGGAUAAUGAUGAGUGCGUUAACACGAUUGAGGCGUACUGGGAGCUGCUGACGGUGGAGCAUCUUCGAUCGAUCAUCGAGUUCGAUGGAAAAGCCUCCGCAGUUCGGGAACUUACCGAAGUGUCUGAAGCGCGAAUGCAUCUACGGGAGAUUGUUUUGCGUGCGGUUGGUGUACUGCCGCCCGUCCAAUUCUACCAGCUGCUAAAGCACGUGAUCGCCGCACACGGAAAAGAUUUCAUCUGGAAUAGCAAGUCGGAGUUGAACGUUGAAGUAUUUGUUAACCAGAUUAUGACUCGGAAUGCGGCUGCCCGUGCCAAUAAUACGCUGUCCAACGAACAGUUACGGACCGUGCAGCAACUGAUCUUUCGUUCGCCGCAAAAAUUUUUUGAGAGUAUCUUCGACAUACUACAGUGCAAGGCGGUAGCGGACAUCGAGGAAUACCGUGUCAAAGCUGUCGCGUACGUUUUUGUGCGGUACAUGGGAAUAUCAAAACUAUAUAUCGAUAACCUUCUCCAUCAAAUUUUUGUGGGCUUUACCAUCAUGGCUUCAAGGACCUUGGGUAUGUUGCUGAAUAGUUUUUGCGAUUUGAACCUGGUACCGUUGGAAAAAAUGGUCGAAAAUUAUCUCCUGCAAGGGUUGAAGGCUGCGUAUGAUAGGAUGAAAGUGAUUAGACUGGAUGAAUUACUCACGCUGAUGACAUACAUCUGGCCGAAGUAUCGUAUGCAAGCGCCGAACGAUCCCGCACAACACGCGAGAGUAUUACGGGAUAUGGUAAAAAUAUUGUCGUGCAUUUCCAAUCGUUUUCGCUACAAGUAUCCAGAGGAUGAGUUGACACUCGAUGAAUUCGAAAACCGGUUCCGAUUGAAGAUAGUGUGGAAAACAAUCACACUACUGGUGCCGACAGUCGAUCAGCUGAUGAAAUCACCUCUAACGACAGAUUCGCAAAUCUUACCGUUCAAUCUCGAAACUGUUGCGGAUACCUACACCGCUCACUACUUUCUGAACCGUAUGGAAGAAGACCACCCACUUCGCGAUGCACCGUAUCUAACGCAAACGUACUUGGCGAAAAUUUUCACACCACCGGACGACGAAAUUAGUGCCGAAGUAAACUCCUUCCAUCUGCUGAAAAUCUUAGUAGGGUGCACGCGCGAAGAAAUAACACCACUGGCCAGCGUCCCAUGGUUUACUUGGCGUUUGAUGUCGGUGCCACCUAGCAGUCUAGUGCGUAGACUCAAACCAUACAAUACAACGGCCUGGGCGAAGCACGCUAUGGUCAACUACGUGGAGUGUAUGACGGGAGCAGUGCUGCCGUUUGUAGACGUAAAGAGGCACGAUUGUAUUAUGUCCAAAAAAGUGGUAGACAUGGUCAUUGAGCUGUUACAGGGCGUCGGUAAAAACUUUUCCGCAAUAGAAAUAGCGACGGCGAAUCUGAUAAGAUGCGUGCGUCGAGUUGCACCAGCGAUGAAUUUAGACGUACUAACUCGCUUCUCAGAAGGUAAACCGAUCCAACAAGCCCUGCCGGCCCCGAAAAAAGUGGUGGAUGUAAUCGUGAUUGAUUCGACGGAUGAAUCGAGUUGA